GACUUCAUAUGGCGGAGUCGGAGCCGUCUCUAAGCCAUGGUUCCCUGUUAGAGAAACACAGCAAAAACGACACCGUUUCCAAGCUCGCUUGCCCUUGCUAGCGUGAGAAUUUAGAUCCAACCAAACAUCGGCGAUUUCAGCAACUGGAAACGCUUAGCUCUCAGCCUGAAUUGAAUCGCCGGUGUUUGGGUUCAUAGAAGCUGAUGUGGACAGGAGUGAAAUUGAAAAGUGAAAAGAUGGCAGCCGAAGGAGGUCAUAUGGCUGGAGUGUUGGAAAUUCAUACAGAAGAUGCUUUAAAACCUGAGAAACAGUUGUCCGACACAAAUUACAUGAGCAAUGGAAAUAUUGCCGUGGAAAAUGGGUUGUCUGAUGUUUACCCGUGUUCGGAUGAUAGCUAUGAUCAGUUGGUUCAAAUGGUUACUGAACUAAAAUUUCAGAAUGAAUUCUUGAAGUGUCAAUUUGAGGGUUUGAAAAAUCUUCAAUUGGAAGAGAGUGUAUCUAACCAACAAACAACAGCAAGUGAGACAGAUGGUGGGGAGUCUGAAGAUGUGAAAGAACUUCGUGAAAGGAUAGAAUCUUUGGAGAAAGAGCUUCUGGAGGAAAAACAGACAAGGGGUGCAGCAGAAGAGGCUUUGAAGCAUCUUACAUCGGCAUACUCAGAGGCAGAUGCAAAAGCCCAAGAGCUCUCUGCAAAGCUUGCUGAAGCUGAACAGAAGUUGGAUCAAGAAAUAAAAGAGCGUGAAGAGAAGUACUCUGAACUUGACUCAAAAUUUAACAGGCUUCACAAACGAGCAAAACAACGCAUACAGGAUGUUCAAAAGGAAAAAGAUGAUCUUGAGGCCCGGUUUCGUGAACUGAGUGAAACUGCUGAGCGAGCAUCGUCCCAACAGUCAGCGUUGCAGCAAGAGCUGGAGCGGACACGGCAACAAGCAAAUGAUGCAUUAAAAGCAAUGGAUGCUGAGAGGCAACAAUUAAGGAGUACAAACAAUAAACUCCGAGACACCAUCGAGGAAUUGCGACGAUCAUUGCAACCAAAAGAGAGCGCUCUUGAGGCUUUGCAACAGUCGCUAUUGGAGAAGGACCAGAUGUUGGAAGACAUGCGGGGAUUAUUACAAGCUGCAGAUGAAAAAAGGCAAGCUUCACUAGCUGAGCUCUCCGCUAAACAUCAGAAGAAUUUGGAGAGUUUGGAAGCCCAACUUGCUGAUGCAUUAUCUGAUAGAAGCAAAGCAACCGAAACUAUUUCUUCACUACAGGUGCUAGUUGCAGAGAAAGAGUCUAAGAUUGCAGAGAUGGAUGCUGCUUCAACUGGUGAAGCAGCUCGGCUUAGAGCUUCUAUGGAAACUGUAAAGGGAGAGCUUGCUCACCUGAAACAUGAGCAUGAGAAAGAAAAGGAGAGCUGGGAAGCUGCCUCCCGGGCACUUAAAACUAAACUGGAAAUUUCCGAGAGUAAUUGCAUACGCGCAGAAAUUGAAGCAGCUAAAAUGAGAAGUCAGCUAGAAUCUGAGGUGUCUGUACAAGCCCGGAUGCUAAAUACUAGAGAUGCUGAGUUAGUGGCUGCCAAGGAGGAGAUCAGCCGCCUUGAAAGUGAGUUUGCUUCCUACAAGGUUCGUGCUCAUGCACUUCUCCAAAAGAAGGAUGCAGAGGUAGCUGCAGCUAAGGACUCUGAACAACUUAAAAUUCUUGAGGAAGCACUAAAGGAGGCUGAAAAAGAAGUAUCAUCUGUAUCUGCAGAAAGGGAUAGGGCCCUUCAAGAUCUUCAGGGUGCUUUGGCUAAUCAUGUUAAAGAACUCAAAGAAAGAGAUUUGCUCCUUGACAAUGCCGAGCAGCAGAUUAAGAGCUUAGAAGUGAAGUUUGUUUCUGCUAAUGCUAGCCACCAAUCAGAUAAGGAAGCAUGGGAAAUGAACCUCCAAAAUUUAGAAGAAACAUGGCGAAUCAGAUGCGAGGCACUACAGGCUCAAAAUGAAGCAUCCUCUGGCCAGGAUAUACAAAAAGAACUAGAUGAACUCAAACUACGUUAUAAAAGAUUGAAGGAAGAGCACGAUUCAUUUCGUGAUCUUGCUGAUAGAAUGAUUGAGGAGAAGGACAAAGAAAUCUCUAAACUUCUUGAUGAUAAUAAGAAUCUUCAUCGAUCUAUGGAAUCAAGACCAACUGUUGAUCACAAUAAUAAUUACGACGCAGCCACGCAAAAGCAGGAUGCACAGAAUUUGAGCACUUCUGCAGCAGAACAGCAGAUUCUGAUUUUAGCAAGGCAGCAAGCUCAGAGAGAGGAAGAGCUAGCACAGUCGCAAAGGCACAUUUUAGCACUUCAAGAGGAAAUUGAGGAGCUUGAACGUGAGAAUCGUCUCCAUAGCCAACAGGAAGCCAUGCUGAAGACCGAGCUUCGCAAUAUGGAAAGAGCACAGAAGAGGGAAGGGGUAGAUAUGACGUAUUUGAAAAAUGUUGUCUUAAAGCUUCUUGAAACAGGUGAAGUGGAGGCUCUAUUACCCGUGAUUGGGAUGCUUCUUCAAUUUAGUCCUCAAGAGAUUCUAAAGUGUCAGCAAGCAUAUCGCGCCUCUACAGAUGUUCCACCAAACCCAGCGAGCGAUACUUCAGCCUCUGCUCGCUCUCUUUUCUCAAGAUGUUUUGAUGUGAACCUUUACAUUCUUGAAGCUGUUCCACGCUUACAGGAGAGGAAUUGGUCAGCAAAAGAGCUCAUGAACAAAAACCUCCAACUCCGGCUUCUCCAACGUGAACGGCACGUUCAUCAACGACCUCACCGACUUCUCCACCGGGCACCUGAAAAACCCGUUGCUCUCAUCGAUCGCAUCGUACAGAAUCUUAGCCUUCUUCUCAUUCUUCUUCUCCACCUCCACCAACCCACCCUGCUCCAACAAGUCCUCGAACACCAACCCACACAUGUAGAUACAAUAACAAGGAGGAGUGUUAUACAGCGAGUUGUUCUCUGCGUGGAUCUUGUAGUCGAGCAUGAUGGGUGUGAUCUCUUGGGCGUUCCCAAUCAGAUCUUUCCUGAUGAUCACAAUGGUGACCCCAGAUGGCCCCACGUUCUUCUGCGCCCCAGCGUAUAUGAUCCCGAAUUUCGACACGUCCACCGGCUUGGAACAGAAAUUCGAAGACAUAUCCGCGAUGAGAAUACCAUUCUUCGGAGUUGGGUAGUCCUUGAACUCGACCCCGUGAAUUGUCUCAUUGGCGCAUAUAUGCAAAUACUUGGCGUCCGGACUCUGCUCCAGCCCCUCGAAAGCCGGGAUUCUCGUAUCAGCCGCCUUGAAAGUGAGUUUGCUUCCUACAAGGUUCGUGCUCAUGCACUUCUCCAAAAGAAGGAUGCAGAGGUAGCUGCAGCUAAGGACUCUGAACAACUUAAAAUUCUUGAGGAAGCACUAAAGGAGGCUGAAAAAGAAGUAUCAUCUGUAUCUGCAGAAAGGGAUAGGGCCCUUCAAGAUCUUCAGGGUGCUUUGGCUAAUCAUGUUAAAGAACUCAAAGAAAGAGAUUUACUCCUUGACAAUGCCGAGCAGCAGAUUAAGAGCUUAGAAGUAAAGUUUGUUUCUGCUAAUGCUAGCCACCAAUCGGAUAAGGAAGCAUGGGAAAUGAACCUCCAAAAUUUAGAAGAAACAUGGCGAAUCAGAUGCGAGGCACUACAGGCUCAAAAUGAAGCAUCCUCUGGCCAGGAUAUACAAAAAGAACUAGAUGAGCUCAAACUACGUUAUAAAAGAUUGAAGGAAGAGCACGAAUCAUUUCGUGAUCUUGCUGAUAGAAUGAUUGAGGAGAAGGACAAAGAAAUCUCUAAACUUCUUGAUGAUAAUAAGAAUCUUCAUCGAUCUAUGGAAUCAAGACCAACUGUUGAUCACAAUAAUAAUUACGACGCAGCAGCCACGCAAAAGCAGGAUGCACAGAAUUUGAGCACUUCUGCAGCAGAACAGCAGAUUCUGAUUUUAGCAAGGCAGCAAGCUCAGAGAGAGGAAGAGCUAGCACAGUCGCAAAGGCACAUUUUAGCACUUCAAGAGGAAAUUGAGGAGCUUGAACGUGAGAAUCGUCUCCAUAGCCAACAGGAAGCCAUGCUGAAGACCGAGCUUCGCAAUAUGGAAAGAGCACAGAAGAGGGAAGGGGUAGAUAUGACGUAUUUGAAAAAUGUUGUCUUAAAGCUUCUUGAAACAGGUGAAGUGGAGGCUCUAUUACCCGUGAUUGGGAUGCUUCUUCAAUUUAGUCCUCAAGAGAUUCUAAAGUGUCAGCAAGCAUAUCGCGCCUCUACAGAUGUUCCACCAAACCCAGCGAGCGAUACUUCAGCCUCUGCUCGCUCUCUUUUCUCAAGAUUCUCAUUUUCUUAACAGUGGCGUAAGUAGUCAGAGGAUUAUCUGCAACUGCAACUCAGCUGCAAUGAUGUUGUCUGCUCGCAUGCAGAUAGGAAAGUGCAGGUUUGGCCUCAGUAAAUGUUGUAUUCUUUUUGUGACACCAUAUUGUUGCAUAAUGAGGUUCCGAUAUUGUAAAGAACAAUUAGAAGAGAGAAUGACAUACAUCAAAUAUCAAGUGAGGGAGGACAAAUAUUUUGAGUGCUUACUUACUCUUUCUGGAAGAAGUCCUGAAGCCAGACAAUAUUUUUUUGUUCGCCUCCUUUUUUCUUUCUUCUCACAGUUCAAUGUUUUUCUUUCUUUUCAGAAUUCAAUGUAAAGUAUACGUGAGAAUGAUUUUAUUGGGAAACAAUGCAAUUCCCAGUGAACCUAAUAAUACAAAUGGGAUAAGGACU